AUGAAACAGCAAAACGAUACUCAAAAUUCACAGUUUCUCCUCCUGGGCCUUUCAGAAGACCCAGAACUGCGGCCCCUUUUAUUUAGGAUCUUCUUCUCCAUGUACCUUGUGACCAUUUUGGGGAAUCUUCUCAUCAUCCUGGCCACGAUCUCAGACUUCCACCUGCAUACAGCCAUGUACUUCUUCCUCUCCAACCUGUCCUUUGUGGACAUCUGCCUAACUUCCACUACCAUCCCAAAGAUGCUGGUGAAUGUUUAUACACACCACAAGGCCAUAACAUAUGAAGGAUGCAUCAUGCAAAUUUACUUCUUUUCAUUAUUCGUAGGGCUAGAUAACUUCCUCCUGGCUGUAAUGGCUUAUGACCGCUUUGUGGCUAUCUGUCACCCCCUGCGCUACACAAGCAUUAUGACACCUCAGCUCUGUGUGUCACUAGUUCUGGUGUCUUGGAUCACAAGUUCCCUGAAUUCUUCAUUACAAAGCUCCCUGGUGCUGCAGCUUUCAUUCUGUACUGAUGUGCAAAUUCCACAUUUUUUCUGUGAACUUAGUAUGCUGGUUCACCUUGCCUGUUCUGACACCUUUUUAAAUGAUAUGGUAAUGAAUGCUUUAGCUGCACUCCUGGGUGGUGGUUGUCUCGCUGGCAUCCUUUACUCUUAUGGCAAGAUAGUGUCUUCCAUACGUGCAAUCUCCUCAGCUCAGGGGAAGUUCAAAGCAUUUUCCACCUGUGCAUCUCACCUUUUUGUUGUCUCCUUAUUCUAUUGUACCCUUCUAGGAGUGUACCUCAGUUCUGCAGUGACCCAAAGCCCACAUUCCACUGCAAUAGCCUCAUUGAUGUAUACUGUAGUCACCCCCAUGCUGAACCCCUUCAUCUAUAGUCUGAGGAACAAUGACAUCAAGAGAGCUCUGAAGAAGAACUUUGUGAGAGAAAAACUAGAAAAGUGA